AUGUCGGAGAAGUUCGAGACAUUGAAGAAUCUAAGGUUUCCGGGCCGAUACGUGUUUGUGAGUUACUCGUUGCAUACAUCCCCAUUGUAUAGCCACACGCCUUACGACAAUUCGGCACGAUGCACAGACUGGUUCGAAUCGAGCAUGGAGUAUAUCGUUUCGUACGAGCACGUCUGUGGAGAAGACUAUCUUAGUCGCUUUGCGAAAGAAAUAGACACUAGUCAAGAUAGUAGCGCUUCAAAGAGCAGUGACCGAUCCAGGCACCGUAUUCGAGAAGCUGCAAAGCAUUUAAAAUCCGCCAGGGGCCUGAGUCCAGAUGAUGAUCAGGAAGUACCUCCCGGGCCUUUCACGGAAUUGCAAUUAAGGACGCUCAUUCAGUUGAUUUUGCUGUCAAUAAAGUUCCUGCAUGAGAGAGGUAUCGUACAUAAUGCGCUGUGUGCUAUGAAAAUCAGGACGAACGAUGACACGAGCCUGCACUACGUCUCACAAAGCCACAUGUUCCAUAAUAAGAGACCGCUCUGCUCAUUCACACCGGAAGAGCUACGGGUCGUUCUCCGGGAAUUAGAGAAUCGAAGUGAUAAUAAAAUGGGCUUUGGAAGACCCGUGGAUAUAUGGGCCAUAGGUGUCAGUUUCGACUAUAUUGUCACUGGCAAGCUACCCUUUCAAGAUAAUGUGAACGACAAACUCAGUCGCCUAAGUGACGUCCUUGCUCGUUGCGAAUCCGACAGCAUCGAAUCGCACAGAGACGGCUGGGACCGAGUAAGCGGGUAUGCUAAGAGCUUGUGCUCCCAAAUGCUACAACCAGAUCCGUCUGCGAGGUUAACAGCUGAACAAGCACUCGACCAUGAGUGGUUCACUGUUGCAGAGCACAAAUUGAAUCGCCAGCUUGGAGGCGAGCUGUAUGAUCUUUCUAAGCACCACCGAUUGAGAUGA